AUGGCUGGGAGCUGGAAGAUGGUCGUCAGCGUUCUGCUCGUGCUUCCACUCCUUCCGUUGGCCUCCUCGUCCAUGGUGUUCAAUCUUGACGGCAGCGUCUACCCCACAGCGUAUCCGGCGAUGCCCUACUACAUGGACAUCGACACCGGCAGCAACCUCACCUGGCUCGAGUGCCACGACAACGAUGGUCCCUGCAACACCUGCAACAAGGUGCCACACCCACUGUACCGACCGACGCUGAAGAAGCUCGUUCCAUGCGUAGAUCCUGUCUGCGACGCGCUGCACAAAGACCUGGGUACAACCAAGGACUGCAGAGCUGCACCGCGCCAAUGCGACUACGAAAUACACUACCUAGAUGGAUCGUCAUCUCUUGGUGUGCUCGUCCUUGACAAGUUCUCAUUGCCUACGGGCAGUGCCCCCAACAUCACCUUUGGCUGUGGGUAUGAUCAGAUGCAGAACUCCAAGAAGGCCACCAAGCGGGUGCCGGUCGACGGCAUCCUUGGGCUUGGAAGGGGCUCGGUAGACCUCGUCUCGCAGCUGAAGCACAGUGGAGCCGUCUCCAAGAAUGUGAUAGGUCAUUGCCUCAGCUCAAAGGGAGGGGGCUACCUCUUCAUUGGGGAAGAGAAUGUGCCCUCUUCACAUGUAACCUGGGUCCCCAUGGCUCCAGGAACACCCGGCUGCAUAUCAUAUACAUAUACUGCAUUUCCAGGGAAGGUAAUCACUACUCGCCAGGCCAAGCAACCCUGCACUUUGGAUAGAAAGCUGAUAGGCACAAAGCCAUUGAAGGCGGUCUUCGACAGUGGCAGCACUUACACCUACUUGCCUGAGAAUCUACAUGAUCAGCUCGUUUCUGAGCUGAAGGCCUCUCUCAGCAAGUCACUCAAAGUGGUGUCUGAUACUGCACUGCCUCUAUGCUGGAAAGGACCUAAACCUUUCAAAACUGUGCACGACCUCCCGAAAGAAUUCAAGCCAAUAAUGGUGUCUCUGAAAUUUGACCAUGGAGUCACCAUGACUAUCCCUCCUGAAAACUACCUCAUUGUUACUGAGCAUGGGAAUGCAUGCUUUGGCAUUCUUGGACUGCAAGGCUUGGAUCUGUUCGUAAUUGGAGGCAUCACAAUGCAGGAGCAGCUUGUGAUAUACGACAAUGAGAAAGGAAGGCUCGCAUGA